UAAGGGGGCGCGCGCAAGGAUUUACGGGACGGCGACAGUAAUCGAAUAAACAAGGUUUGCCUGGAGCUGCUAGCAGCAGGGUUGGAGCACACGCCUCUCUGAACCCCCACAAGAGAGUGGGAGCUGGUGGUCUGGUGGUUUUAUUGAAGGAUUGAGGGGUAAUCUGUCCAUCAUGGAAGCCGUUGCUGACCUUCUAAGGAUAUUCCACGUCGAGGCCAGUGUCCCCUCUUUGUCACUCGGCCUCUUUGCUGUCUUUCUGGCUCUUCUAUACUGGUAUUCAGUCUGCCCCUUUGCGGUCCUAUCGAGAUGUGGAAUCAAACAUCCCAAGCCAUUGCCCUUCUUUGGCAACUUAUUCAUGUUUCGCCAGGGUUUUUUCAAGCCUUUGACAGAGCUGAUAAAGACACAUGGCAGAGUGUGUGGGUUCUAUUUGGGUCGGAGGCCGGUGGUGGUGAUAGCAGACCCUGAUAUGCUCAGACAGGUGAUGGUCAAGCAGUUCAGCAGCUUUCCCAACAGAGUGGCUUUUCGCUCUUCCACCAGACCGCUCAGCGACUGUCUACUGAUGCUGAGGGAUGAACGCUGGAAGAGAGUACGAAGCGUCCUCACCCCGUCCUUCAGCGCUGCCAAGAUGAAAGAGAUGGUUCCACUCAUCAACACAGCCACUGAAGCCCUGAUGACCAACCUGAAUGCCUCUGCAGAGUCAGGAGAAGCCGUCGACAUCCACAGGUGUUUCGGUUGUUUCACUAUGGAUGUGAUUGCCAGCGUUGCAUUUGGGACCCAGGUGGACUCUCAGAAAAACCCGAAUGACCCAUUUGUCAAACAUGCCCACAUGUUCUUCUCAUUUUCAUUCUUCAGACCCAUCAUACUCUUGGCAGUUGUCUUCCCUGCCCUCAUGGCUCCGCUGGCACGUCUCAUCCCCAACAAAAGACGAGACGAGAUGAAUGGUUUUUUCAUAAACUGCAUCAAGAAAAUGAUCAAGCAGAGAGACGAUCAGCCCCCUGAGCAGAGGCGGAGAGACUUCCUCCAGCUGAUGUUAGAUGUUCGAAACAGCAAGGAGUGCAUAUCUCUGGAGCACUUUGACGUGGUCAGCCGUGCCGAUGAGCUGAGUCACACACACCAAGAGGCGCAGCCGUCAACCUCCGAACAGAGCAGCGACCAUCCUCAUGCUGAGGAGUCGUCCGCCAGACGUCCACAGAGGAGGACGAUUACGGACGAUGAGGUAGUGGGCCAGGCUUUCGUAUUCCUUCUUGCGGGCUAUGAAACCAGUAGCAACACGCUGGCCUUCGUCUGCUACCUUCUGGCCAUCAACCCCGAGUGUCAGACCAAAGUACAGGAGGAGGUGGAUGAGUUUUUCAUCAGACAUGACACGCCAGACUACAACAAUGUCCAGGAGCUCAAGUAUUUAGACAUGGUUAUAUCUGAGGCGUUGCGCCUCUACCCUCCCGGAUUCAGAUUUGGCCGUGAGGUUGACCAUGACUGUGUGGUGAAUGGUCAGUUCCUUCCUAAAGGAACGUCGCUGGAGAUCCCUGUGGGCUUCUUACACUAUGACCCAGAACACUGGCCAGAGCCUGAGAAGUUCAUCCCCGAGAGGUUCACCCCAGAAAAAAAGGCAAAGCGCCACCCGUUCGUGUACCUGCCGUUCGGCGCGGGCCCCCGUAGCUGUGUGGGGACACGGCUGGCCUGGCUGGAGAUGAAGAUGGCGCUGGUGAACGUCUUCCGCAGGUUCAAUGUUGCGGUGUGCUCUGAGACAAAGGUUCCCCUUGAGCUGAAGUCUACCAUCACUCUUGGACCCAAGAAUGGCAUAUUUGUUAAAAUCACCAAAAGAGUUAUCGAAACAGAGGAAACACAUGCACCAGAACAUUAGAAACUCACUUUUCAUUUUUGGGCAUUAAAUUAUUCUUAUUAUUUUUUGGAUGUACAUAGUCCAUACCAUCUAACAGUUUUAUACUGUAAAAAUUUCAACAAGUUAUCCUCAAAAAGGCAAGUGUUUAAUAACAGAAGUUUUUAUUUUUUCUCCCCAAUUGUACUUGGCCAAUCACCCCACUCUUCCGGAGCCGUCCCGGUCACUGCUCCACCCCCUCUGCUGACCCGGGGAGGGCUGCAGACUACCACAUGCUUCCUCCGAUACAUGUGGAGUCACCAGCCGCUUCUUUUCACCUGACAGUGAGGAGUUUCAUCAGGGGGACAUAGCACGUGGGAGGAUCACUCUAUUCCCCCAUCCCCCACCCCACUUCAAACCAAACAGAAGCCCUGACCAACCAGAGGAGGCGCUAGUGCAGCAACCAGGACACACCCACAUCCAGCUUCACACCCACAGACAUGGCCAAUUGUGUCUGUAGGGAUACCCGACCAAGCCGGAGGGAACAUUGGGAUUCGAACCAACGAUAUCCAUGUUGGUAGGCAACAGAAUAGACCACCACGCCACCUGGACGCCCAUAUAACAUUAGAAGUUUAAUGACAUUUUCCAGUUAAAAUGGUGUUUCCACUGACUCUCCUGUGCAUUUAUCCGGUGAGAGUGGCUCAGGAGAAAGACUGCAUCUCAACGAGAACACGCCAGCUUUGCAGUGCACCAACCAUAAAUGACAUCAGCACAUAAGUGAGGCUGGUCCAAGGGCACCUGGCUUUUCUUUAUCAGGCAGUGUGGCAGGCAGAGGUCAGACCCUCCCCAAGCCUUCUGCCCAUCGCUUCAUUGAUUUGCACCGGUAAAGGGAUGCAGAGGACACGAGAACGGCGAGGAGAGGAAGGAAUAAAACGGUACUGUGUUUACAACAGUGUUUCAGCAGUAAGUCAUAAUGAUCAUUGCGUUGCUUUGGUAUUGGUUACUUACUCACUGCACCUCUUCAGAAUGGAGGGGCAAUGGUAACAAAACAGUUAUUUUUUACAUAUCAAUUAAAUCCUUGUGCUGAAUCAAAUGAAUGGCUAACCACCAAAUAAUGAAUUAUAGGUAAAAAAAAUAAACUAUAGGUACAGUGGCACACAAUACAAUUUGUGUACAAUUGUUUUAUAAGAAUUAUACAGUGGCACAUAAGUUACUAUUAGCUUACUGAACCACCUAUCUAGUAAGAGGUAAAAUUGUAAUACUGCCUUGAUUUGAUUAUCAACCGUUGCCACAAAACGGCUUGAAUGAAAUACGUUUCAAGCCUGAAUAUAUACUCUGAAUUUAUCCCUAGACAUACAACGAGAUGUAUUGCUUCAUUUAAAUGCCAGUUUUUCGCUCAUUUUGAUCAACCGAAGGUGAUUUUUUUUUUUAAACACUUGCCAGCCGUAAAUGUGUACUUUCUCUAAUACAAAUGAGACCACUUAUGUCAAAAUGGUUUUAUUAAAAGAGAUAAUCACA